AUGGAUAAUGGGAAAAAUAAAUUCAACGAGCGACUCUUGAAUGAGUUCGAAAAUCUUAAGGGUUAUGACACAAUUUGCGAUGUUUUGUCAUAUUGCCUAAAAAAUAAACAACCAAACAAAUACAAGGAAGGAAAAAUAAUCAAAAAUAAAUAUCUAUAUAAACUAAUUGAAUCGAAAUAUGUAAAUAACAUUUUCUGUGAAUUAUUUCUUAACAAAAAAUCUGCGAAAAAAUUUGCAAAUAAUACCAACAUAUUUUCUCCAUAUUCUGUGAAAAAAAUCGUUCAAAUCAAAAAAGGAAAAGAUGAAGUAGAAAUAGAUCUAGAGAACGAAUAUGAAAAUGAAAAGCCAAAUGAUCCAGUUAUACUCCACCAUGAUAUUAAAACAGAGACGACAUACUUUUAUACUAGCGAAGGAAAUAAUUUUUAUAUUUUUUUCAAAAUUAAUCAUUAUAUAAAUAAGGAGUUAUUUUAUACUAAUACAAAUAAGUAUAUACCAUCUAUUUUUAUAUUUUUUUAUGAUAUUAAUAAUUUUAAUAAAAUAGAAGAUAAUACUGUUCCCAUUCAAAUUUAUAAUAAUGGCAAAAAUGUGUCUUCUAUGAAUUCCCAAUCGCUUUUAACCAAAUAUUAUGAAGUAUACAAUCAUUAUAAAAAAGAAAUUAAUGAUUUUUUAAAAAAUUAUAAUAAUUUAUUUAAAAAAAAUAUAAAAAAAAAAAGAGAAAUACCAAUAAAUAAUACAAAUGUGGAAGAACAAAAACUGAAAAAUCAAAAUUACAUAAAAAAAAAUAUCACUGAUGAACAACCAAAUAAAAUAUGUACAGACAGGCUUUUUAUAAAAGAAGAUCAAAAAAAAAAAAAAAAAAAUACACACACACAAUCUCAACCAAUAACAAAAAAAAUUGUUGAUCAUUAUGUUUUAUUAGCCAAUUAUGAAGACUAUAAUGAAAUAUCCUAUUUUGAUUUUAUCAACAUAUUUGAAAAUAUUUUCUAUAAAUAUAAUAUAAUCGAUUGUAAUUUUGAACAUAAUUUAGAGAAAUUAAAUAUGCUUGAUAAAAAAUGGAAUGAUAAAACUUAUGAUGAACAAAUAGACAUUUAUUUUAACUUCAAGGAGAAACAUAAAAAUGAUGGAACAAAUAAAUUAAGUGAUACAAAUAUUUUUUUUGAUAAUUUAAAAAAUGACAAAAUACAGUUACAUAAACAUCAAGGGAUUGUCUCUAUUCCCAAUGAAAGAAAUAACAUUAUAAGAAAUGAUCAUGACAUAAACUCAGGAGUCCACAUUUUAAUGAAAGAAAACAAAAAUUUUAAUUGGUGGUAUAAGUCAUAUUUUAUAUUUAGUUUAACGAAAAAUAAAAACAAUUUCAACCAAAUAUGUGCAAUAAAAAAUUUUAAGAAAGUUAAUCAUUUAUUGAAAAAAAACAAAAAUGAAAUAAUAAAUAAUCCCAUAUAUAUAUAUAGUACCAGAUCUAAAGGUGGUAACGAAUUUUAUAUAACAUAUAAUAAUGUCAAUAAAUGCUUUUCUAUUUUUAUGCCCCCAUUUUUAAUAUAUUUUAAUAAAGAUAAGUGGGUACUUUUUAAUUUGAAUGAAUAUAAUUCACAGGAUCAAAGAAAAGAAAAUUCACGUCUUAUGUUAAACAUUUUAAUUGAGCUAUUUCUUUCUAUUCGUAUGAUAUAUUUUAAAAAAAAAAUUAUAAGAAAACUUAAAGUAUACCUUUUGGAAAGAACAUUAAAGGGUUACGCACGAUGUAGAAUGGCUAGUGUGAAAAAUAAAAGUUUUAAUUGUAGAAAGGCUAGUAGCAAAUUAAAUGAAAAGAGCAACAUAACAUAUGAAUACACAUUUUACUCAGUGAUCGACAAUUUUUUUUUAGCACAAGGUGAAAAUUAUUUAGGGAAUAAUAAAUUAUUCAAAAAGAUUAAAAAGAUUUUAUUAAAAUGCGCUAAUUUUAGUAAAUAUGUUUGCUUUAAAUUUUCAAAAACAAAGGUGGAACAUAUUUGUGCUUGUAUUCAUGAUUUGGUCUCUUGGGCUAAUAAAUUCGAGCACGAAAUAUUUAAAAAUGGAAGGAAAGAACAUGUAUAUAUACAUUUUGUGCAAAAAAAAACUAAUUUACUUCCGAAUUGUAUUAAUGAGAGUUGUGAUAAAAGUAAUGCAAUUAGUAAAAGGGAAAAUACAACCUUCCAUAAAAUUUGUUCAUUCAAAAUAACAUCAUAUAAGGAUAAAAUAUUCCAAAUAAGUAAAAACAUAUGUAUGCAUUUAUUUCAUCUUUUUAAAUCAUUAGAGAAAUCAUUAAAUUGGGAUACAAUAUAUAUACUAAAACAUGCACAAUUUAUUUUAUUGCGGUUCCCAUAUAUAUGUUAUACCAUAUGUUAUAGUAAAAGGAAAGUUCAAAACUUAAAAAGGGUAUUAUGUAGAGCAUAUAUACGGUAUGGAAGUAUGUGGUUUUGCAAAAAAUAUUUGAAAAAUACACAUAAAAAUAUCUUAUAUUUAAUAAAAAAGAAAAAAAAGAAACUAUUAUGGAAUACCUUUCUGAAUAAGAAAGACAUUUUUUUGUUUUGGUACUUAUUAAAAAUCCAAAAGUUAUUAUUAUAUUUUUAUUUAUGUAUGAUCACAAAUUAUUGUGCAAAAAAAAGUUUACGUUGUUGUUGUUACUGUUCAGCUAAGAAGAAAAAAGACAUAUUCUCCAUAAGAGAAAAAGAACCAAAACAAGUUUCAUAUACAUAUAACAUGCUGCAUAAAACCUUUACCGAUUUAAUUAAAGAAAUUAAAAGCGAAAAACAAAAAAAAAAAAUAUUUUUACAUUUUAGAAAAAAUGCAAAUAUUAGCUGUUUGUGUAAGGUAAAAAGCAGUACAUUUUAUGAACAGUCAGAAAAAUCUAGCUAUUUUGAUUGUUACAAAAAAGCUAAAAAAAAAAAAAAAAAAAUAGCUUUUACACUAAAAAGUGUACAUAUGAAUAAAUACUUUUUAAAAAAUAAAAGAAAUGUGCAAAUUAUACAAAAUGGUAAUAAUAACCAAAAGGAAGAAAUAGUUAAGGAUACCAGCCAAACACAAAACAACAUACUACAAAAUGAAUAUCCCAUAGAAGAAAAAAGCUGUUUAAAACAAGAAAGUUAUUGUAACUUUUUCAAGUUGAAGAAUAUGAAAAAAUUAAUCAUAAAAUAUGGAGAUUGCUUAACUACAAAAAUCAAUAACGAAUUUAAUAGAUCAAAAAAAAAGCAUAUUUUUUUAAACGCAAAUAAAGUAAAGCACGAACUAGUAAAAAUAGCACACCUUUUCCAAUAUGAAGCGAAAAAUGUUAUUAACUUUAUUAAUAUGAUAUACAAAGGAACAAGCCAAACAACAUUUGAAAUAUAUACUAAGGAAAACCUCAAUGAUGAUAAAAAUAUACACGAUGAAAACAUUACUAGUUAUAAAAAUAAAGAAAGAGAAAAAAUGAAAGACAAUUUACAAGAAGUUAGUCAGACAAUUACUCUUUUACUGUCUAAAGAAAUACAAGUUAAUAAAAAUUUGUCUGUUUAUAAUAUAUCACCAAUAAUUUUAAAAGAAAAAAAAUCAUAUAUAAACAAAAAUGAAAAAAUAAAUUGUAAAAUAAUAAGAGAAUUUUUUUAUUCAUCAGAAUAUUCACUUAAUAAAAUAUACAAUAAUAGUAAUGUACAUAAGUAUCAUAUUAAAUUAAAUUAUUUAGCCUUUUUUAUAAAUGGACAUAUGACAUAUUCGGUUGAUAUUUUUUGCAACAACUAUGAAAAGCUAAAUAUAUCAAAAGAUAAAAUAUAUUUUUUAAACAUAAAUAAAAAUUAUUUAAUUAAAAAUAUAUUCAUUGAAACAACUUUGUAUUUUAUAGAGUAUGUUUUUUCACACAUACCUGAAAUUGCUACAUUUAUUAAAGCUAACAAGUACAAUAAGAAUAAGAGAAAUAAAAAUACAUUUGAUAUAUAUAAAAUAUUAUGCUAUGAAGUGAACGAAAAUGAAUAUAAACUAAAAAAAAAGAUUAAAAUAAAAAAAAACGGAAAAUUUGUUCUUAAAAUAUUUAUAUUCCCAAAGGAAAACAUCCUUUUUUUAUAUUCUUACGAGAAUAAGAUCAGUGAAAAGAUUGGCAAAAUAUGUAAUCCCAUUGUAGUUAAAUUUUUCAAACAAGAUAAAUACUAUGAGACAUUUUUAGAAAGCUCAUAUUUAGGAGUAUAUGAUAAUUAG